GUAACGGCUUUACUUUCGGUGUAUUAGUCAUGGGGAUCUACGUUAAAAAGCACAGAUGGCUUUUAUUUCCAUUUUAUUAACUUGCUUUUUUUCUCUGCCUUUUCUGUUCAGACGAACAGCAGUAAAAAUGAAUAAUGCCGUUUUGUGGAAGUUCGUGAAUGUUUUGAUCGUGCUUGGUGUUUCUGCUGCUGAACAAGAAGAAACGAAGAGAAAGUCAGUGCAGGAGGGAGAAUCUGUAAUUUUGGAUCCUGGUGUAAUAAAAAACAAAACAAAUGAUUUGACAACAUGGUAUUUUAAUGACAUUCUAAUAGCUGAAAUCACUGGAGAUCAGAGUAAGGUCUGUACAGAUGAACAGUGUAAAGAGAGAUUCAGAGACAGACUGAAGCUGGAUCAUCAGACUGGAUCUCUGACCAUAAUCAACACCAGAACCACAGACUCUGGACGCUAUGAUCUACAGAUCAACAGCAGCAGCAGCAACAUAAAGAGCUUCAUUGUCACUGUUACUGAUGCAUCUGAUGCAGAUACAGAUGGAGAGUCAGUGUCUGUGAUGGAAGGAGAUUCAGUCACUCUACACACUGAUGUUGAAAUAAACCAACAUCACAGAAUUAGAUGGUAUUUUAAAGAUAUUCGCAUUGCUCAAAUGAAUAGAAAUCAGAGAAAGAUCUGUACAGAUGAUCAGUGUAAAGAGAGAUUCAGAGACAAACUGAAGUUGGAUCGUCAGACUGGAUCUCUGACCAUCAUGAACAUCAGAACCACAGACUCUGGACUUUAUCAUCUACAGAUCAUCAACAGAAGCAGCAGCAGUGAAAAGCCUUUCAGUGUUACUGUUUAUGAUGUUCCAGCAGAGAUCAGUGAAAUGAGGAGAAGUUCAGUGAAGGAGGGGGAAUCUGCCACAUUUGACCCUGGUGUAAUAAAAAAAACAAAUAAUUUGAUGACGUGGUAUUUUGAUGACGUUCGCAUCGCUGAAAUCACUGGAGAUCAGAGUAUGAUCUGUACAGAUGAUCAGUGUGAUGAGAGGUUCAGAGACAGACUGGAGGUGGAUCUUCAGACUGGAUCUCUGACCAUCAUGAACACCAGAACCACAGACUCUGGAGAUUAUAAACUACAGAUCAUCAGCAGUAGCAGCAUCAUCAUAAAGAGCUUCUCUGUUACUGUCACUGAUUCAGGUCUGUCUCCAUCUGCUGUAGGAGGAAUAUGUGCUGUUGUUCUGUUUGUGGCUGUAGCUGUUGGUGCAAACGGUAUAUACUACAUGAAGGGCAAAUAUUAGGCAUCAGCAACCUGAUGAACAGACAUGAAUAUUCUGCAAGAUGAAAAAAAUGAAGUCAUCUGAACAGAAGCACUGAAACGUUCAUUCAAAAGGAAAGGAUGGAGAGAAGAGGAGUGGCGCAAGAUGAUCUGAAACUGUGUUUGCUCGUAGAGAAAUAGUAUUGUCAAAAUACCUAGAUUUCACUUUUCCUAAUAUUCAAGUGGUUAGAGAGUCUUGUAACCUAAAGGUCUCGGGUUCGAGUCUCAGUACCAGCAUAUAAUAUAAUAUAAUAUAAUAUAAUAUAAUAUAAUAUAAUAUAAUAUAAUAUAAUAUAAUAUAAUAUAAUACAAGGGUGGACCCUAGCUCAAGUCCUAUCUUAGCUUGGUUUGCAUGGCCCUUUAUGUGUGUGGUGUAACAUUAUUAAUUUUGUAUUAAUAUUAUAUUGCCAUUAGUAUUGUAUUAUUCUAUAUUAGUAUUUUGUCUUAUACUGUUUAGUUAAUAUUUUCUGUAAUAGGAUACUUGUAAAUUUGUUGUCAUAAAUAAAAAUCCUAAAAGAAUUAAAGUAAUUUUGAGUCAUUUGAUUAUCGUUUGACUGUACAAACUUUCCAUUGAUUUUCCUAUUCAGUCAAACUGCAAUAUCAAAGGUUAAUGUUAAAUCUUAACAGUUUAUUAACUACAAAAUGUUUUUAAAUUGGAUGGUGAAGGCUGUUCUUGGAAAGGCGAAUUCCUGAUGAGACACUAGAUGGCGCUCUAGUUACCUCUAUUGCUUGUAAUACAACAAUUUGAAAAUAAUAGGCUACCUUUGCGGUUGUUGCACUCUGGGACGUACGUAUAGCUUAUUUAUUUAUUUU